UUUGAUUGAAUUUUAAAGAAUUAAACAGGUGAUAAUACGAGUAGAUAGUUUUGUUUAAAAUUAUUUAUUUUCGCAAAAUGUUUUAGUUCACGUCCUUAAAAAGUAGCAAAAUGGGGGUUCAGCAUAGCACGAGAAGGAUAUCCGUUGAAAACGAUGAACCGGCGAUAAUAACAGUUUCUUCUAGCGUCGUCGAAAGAUUGAGCUUUCAAAACUCCUCAAAAGACGUGCCACCGCCUAUGGAGCAGAUAGAAGAGUCUUCGACGGUUAUAAGAGGAAAAUCCAUUUAUGGAAGCAAACAGGCAUUCGACGAAGAAAUACAGAAGCAUAACGAAUACUGGGACAAGAGGUUGGCGAAGCAGCAGGACGCCCAUGAGAAAAUGAAUAAAAUCCUCGAGAGGGAAUACAUAAAGGCCAACGAAGAGAUGAACAAACUAUUACCUCCUAAAUUGGCGAACCCAGAGACGAGAACUUAUUUGCGGGAAAAAUCUAAGCACGUGAUGACCUGCCUGCAGAAAAACAGACAGCAGCCCUUGGUCUGUUCCAAGGAAGUCGAAGCUUUUAGCGAGUGCAUGCAACAUCUCAAGGAGGGCCAAGUGGCCUGAACACUCCGUAUAAAUGUCAGUUUCAAGUCUUCUUGCAAAAUUUUAGUAUGCAGGGCCCACGUUCAAUCUUAGAAUCAAGUAAAAAUGUGCUGUGACGA